CCCGGCUUUUUGUAUCCAAUUUUCCUUUUUAGUCCGUCCCACAUUUUAGUAUCCACUCUACUUUCUAUUUUUGGAAACCCUAUACUCUACACAACCCUAUAAAAUCUAAACCAUUUAUAUUGCACUUUAUUUACAUUUUUUGCCAUUGGCCCCACUUUAAUUUAAAUAAAUUAAGUCCAUUUUUGUGGUUUAUUAAAACCAAAUCAUUAAUUAAAUCAAAUGCCAACUACCCAAAAAUCAAUCGGUGCUCAUCUUAAUUGAAAUCAAACCAUAUUUCCUCAAACCCCAACCUUGAGCCGCCAUCUUCUUCAACCUUUUCCGUCGAAACCCUAGUCUGCCAUUGAUGCGUUGUUCUGCAAUGAACUCGCCGCCCAUGACUGAUUCAUUCGAGGCUUUCGACGGCAUCGUAGAGACGGCGACUCACAUGGAAGAAAUCCCGCCGUUGUCCUCGGGUUGGGAUUUGUUGAGCUAUGACGAAUUGGAGCCGUUGGUAUCUAAAACUCCGUCGAUCCAUGGGUUUUCUGAGCCGGUGGAGCCUGAUACGGAGGUACCUGAUACUCCGAUCUAUGGCUUGUUCGAGACGGAGGUACCUGAUACUCCAUCUAGCAAUGACUCUCCUUCGUUGUUGGGGCCUGAAAUUCCACCGAUCCAAGGCUUUUCUUCGACGGUGGUGGCUGAAACUCCCCCGAUCUAUGGCUUUUCUCAGAUGGAGGUACCUGAUACUUGGUCGGUGGGGCCUGAUACUGUGGUGGCUGAAACUCCCCCGAUCUAUGGCUUUUCUCAGAUGGAGGUACCUGAUACUUGGUCGGUGGGGCCUGAUACUGUGGUGCCUGAAACUCCAGAAAUGUGUGCCGUUCCCUUGGACGAACAUGGAGCUGAGGAAUUACCUUCAUGGGCGCCAGAUUGGUCUGAGGAAAGAAAGAAGAGCUAUCUAAAACGUUUAGACAUUUGGUGCCCUGGAGUGUACCAGCUCUACUAUCCAGGUUUAUCGGCUGUCAAUAGUGAUUCGACUUGCUUCCAAACCUUGUAGACAGUUCGCUUACUCAUUCCGAAGGUUGAUCCAGCCUCUCUUUGAGCUCCAUAUGAAAGUUUGCCGUUUUUGCAACGUAGAAGAAGCCAUUGACCCACUUUGUUUUUGUCUUCAAUGGUCAAUCGUUUCUUUUGGCUUGGAGCUGCCAUUUUGAAGCUGUCUUCUUUGUGGUUUUGCUUUUAACUUUUCAGAUUUGGAAUUGUAAACAAUCUGAAAACGCAAAUGUACUUAUAGUCUUCUUUGUUUGAGGGAAAUUUUGAUUUUGGAGUAAUUUAGUUUCCCUCCUAAACAUUUGGCCUAAUCAGAUUCUCGGCCAUUUCCAUGUAAUGUGAUUUUUUUAUUCUAAAAUGGCCUACUUUUGUCUUUUUGCUUAUUCUCUCUAUUUUUAAUUUUCGUGAAUUGUAAACAAUCUGCAUCAUUAAAUUACUGGUGGGACCAGAUGUUAAUAAAGAAUAAAAGAAAGAAACACUUUAUCAAUUAAUUAAUUUAAAAUUCCUUUAUUGGUGGGACCAUUAUUCUACUCACAUAAUACUCAAUUACUUUAUUAAA